UGCAUCUCAAAGCUGUUGCCCCGCCGUCAAACAAAACAAAUAAGAAAAAGAAGACCUGAUUCUUAUUUCGCGAUGCAAGCAGACGAUCUUCUUCCAAAGCAGACUCCAGGCAAACGAUUAUUUCGCAGAAUGACGAGUUUCCACAGAAGAGCACGGUGGUGGCGCCGGUGGAUCCAUGAACGGCGGUGGUGUGGGGAAGCCGGCAGACCCCAAGGAGGACCCGGUGCUGGGGUUGGGUAGCUUCGAGGACUUCAACACCAUCGACUGGACCCGGGAGAAGAGCAAGGGUCGCGACAGGCAUCAAAAAAUUAGCAACAAAAGGAAGGAGUCGCUGUCAGCUUUGUUGCUCAGCAUCAGCUACGCCUUCUCGGGAUGGCUGCUCAUGCUUCUGGUAGGCCUUAUGUCAGGCGCAGUGGCGGCUGGCAUCGACUUUAUGACCCGCUGGCUGUCGGACAUGAAGGACGGCGUGUGUUUGACGAACUUCUGGUCCAACCAUGGACACUGCUGUGCCACCUCUCGCCAGAACACCUUUCUGGAGCGUGAGCGCUGUCCAAAGUGGCAGAGCUGGUCUCUGCUCAUCACUGGGACAUCCCAGGGUGCAUUUGCCUACACUGUGGACUACCUGAUGUACAUGUUCUGGGCUCUUCUGUUUGCCUUCCUGGCCGUGGUGCUAGUCCGGGCUUUUGCUCCGUACGCAAGGGGCUCCGGAAUCCCUGAGAUUAAAACCAUCCUGAGCGGUUUCCGUGUCCGAGGCUAUUUGGGCAAGGCGACGCUGAUCAUAAAGACGAUGGCGCUGGUGUUGGCUGUGUCAUCUGGGCUCAGCCUGGGCAAGGAAGGGCCGCUGAUCCACGUGGCCUGCUGCUGCGCCAACAUCCUUUGUCACUACUGCCCCAAAUUCCGCCUGAACGAGGCCAAGCGGAGAGAGGCGCUGUCCGCAGCCGUGGCCGUGGGCUUGUCGGUGGCAUUCGAAGCGCCGAUCGGUGGCGCCCUGUUCAGCUUGGAGGACGUGACUUACUAUUUCUCCCUGAAAACUUUGUGCCGUUCGUUUUUCGCCGCCCUGGUGGCUGUCUUCACGCUGCACUCCAUCAACCCAUCCGUCAGCGGCCAUCACGGUCCGUUCAAUGUGAACUUCCACGCUGGCUGGCACCCCGUAGAGCUGGUGCCCUUCAUCCUCUUGGGCGUAUUUGGAGGCCUGUGGGGGGCGCUCUUCAUCAAAGCCAACCUUGCGUGGUGCCGCACACGUAAUUCGACCCGUCUGGGCCGUUACCCGGUGAUGGAGGUCCUGUUGGUGACGGCGCUGACCGCCUUGUUGGCGUUCCCAAACGUCUACACCAGGAUGAGCGGAGAGGAGCUCAUUUCCAAACUCUUCGACGAUUGCUCGCUGUUCAAUUCCUCGCAGCUCUGCGGACUCCAACAGCCCACCAACACGUCCCAAACCGGCACAAGCAAAGAUGUGGCACGCUGGCCGGCCGAAGAAGGUCUACGCACGGCUUCGUGGCAGCUGGCUCUGGCCUUGCUCUUCAAAAUGAUCACCACCAUCGGCACAUUUGGCAUCAAGGUUCCUUCGGGCGUGUUCAUUCCAAGCAUGGCGGUGGGGGCCAUUGCGGGACGGCUGCUGGGCGUGGCCAUGAAGCAGCUGGCCUACCACCAUCACGACUGGUUGCUCUUCCGAGGCUGGUGCUCGCCUCGCUCCGAAUGCAUUGCCCCAGCCCUCUACGCUGUAGUGGGUGCCACCGCCUGCCUCGGUGGCGUCACACGUGUGACAGUGUCCCUGGUGGUGAUCAUGUUUGAGCUGACGGGAAAACGGGAGCACAUCAUCCCGCUCAUGGCUGCCGCCUUGACCAGCAAAUGCGUAGCCGACAUAUUUGGACGGGUGGGAAUCGACGAGGCGCUCAUCCGCCUCAGAGGUUACCCGUUCCUGGAGCCCAAAGUGGACUUUGAGCACAGCAGCUUGGCCAAGGACGUGAUGAGGCCCACAAAGUCGGACCCCGACCUGGUCGUGCUCACGCAGGACGGCAUGACGCUGGGCCAGGUGGAGGCGCUAGUGACGAGCACGUGUUUCAGCGGCUUUCCGGUGGUCGUCUCCCGGCAGUCCAAGAGGUUGGUGGGAUUCGUGCUCCGAAGCGAUCUCCUCAUCGCCAUAGAUAAUGCUCGUCAGUGGCAGAAGGGUGUGGUCAGCGCAUCCCAGGUGCUUUUUAGACAGCACGUCCCCACCCAGCCUCCCGAAGCCCCCCCUUAUAUCCUCCUCCGGGACAUCUUGGACCUUAACCCCUUCACCAUCUCUGACCGCACGCCCAUGAGCAUCACUGUUGACAUCUUCCACAAACUGGGCUUGCGACAAUGCUUGGUCACUCGCAACAGGAAGCUUCUGGGCAUUAUCACCAAAAAGGAUACCAUCAAAUACAUGAUGCAGGCAGCCAACAGAGACCCCAACUCCCAUCUCAAGUGAACGCUUGGAUCCAGUACUCCUCUUUUUUCUUUCUUUCUUUCUUUUUUUUUACCUCACACAAAAGUGACAACAACGUGCUCCGUUUGGAAGUCUGGCACCUGAACAAAAAAGAAAUGUCACGUGGAAGCAGGCAGGGCCUCUGGAAUAUUUCACAUCUGCUCCAUUUUUUGUUGCUGUUGUCAUCCUUCCGUGCGAAGGAGUGCGCAGCUUCCUCUCCCUCCUCCUCAUCCAGCCCGCAGAGGAUUUGUGAGCCGAUAGAAGAAUGCAGGACGUCAGAGCAGAUAAUGUUUGCGAAUGAAUUUCUGUGCCUGCCCUGUGCCCGUCGGACGAGGCCAAACAGAGUGCUCCGAGUCGGGCCUGACGGAUUGCCCCUCCUCCUCCUCCUCCUUAUUCUCCUCCGCCCAAGCUGCCGAUGGCUUCAGUGUGAGAAAGACCGAGUCAAGGGAACCAAUAAAGAACAGGAAUCAUGUCGAAUAUGUUCAACAGUUCACCCUACUAAAUUAUUUCUCUGACUUAAUUUAAUGUCGAACGCGGUUCACAAAAUAUCAACCUUGUGAAUGAUUGUAAUGAGGCGUAAUGGCCAGCGGGUGUCAGCAGUGCCUUGGAUAAGAGCAUACAGAGUACGCUGUGUUAGAAGAAGCCAACGAUGUAGGUAGGAAGUAAGUGGUCUCGUUAUUGACAGUUAUCAGAGCAAGUGUACCGCGCGAUUACAAAAUGGCGGAAAAGGUACAGAGAUACUAAGUCACUCAGGUAAGCGAAAACUUCCCCCAUGAUUUUAGUAAUGUCCUUCAACUUUUAGUAACUUCAAAAUGACUAAUUCUUUAUAAGACCUUUUGCCACUCGUAUGUACUGUACAUAUUGCACACUAAAGUUAAUCGCUAUGUGAGUUAACGGAGAUAAAUAAACUGGAUUAAAGAACAAACUGGUAAAUGUCAAUGCAAGUCUGAAAAGCAGAAAAUAUGUGCAUGUGUGUGUGUUACUGCAACACAACUGUUUUUCGGGUAACGUACAUAUUUCCAUACAUUAGCUGAUAGGAAAAGCAAAACUUCUUGACUUCAUUUUGGAAUAAGUAAAUUUGGUAUUUUUUUGUUUAUGAUGUAAAGGUUAUGCUGAGGCCAAAGGUCUGGAAAGGAUGAUUCUGGCUGAUGUCAUGCAGUCUGGGAACUAUAUAGAAUCCUCCAUCUCAAUAAAUGAACUUAAAACA